CUUGUGUCAUCGACAGUCGGUAUAAUACGACAUGUGGGGCCUCGAAUCCCUCACCACGACCCUCGCGCUGCUCAACGCCUCCGCCCUGACGGAGCAGCUGACGGACGCCGGCGGCGCCACUUUUGCCUUUGCGCACAACUGGACCGAGGCCGGCGACGCCGCAGCCAGCCAGUGGGAGGCGGCGCAGGCCAUCAACUGGACCGAUACCGUGAGCGACUGGCAGCUCACCGCCAGCGACUGGGCGGCCUCCACCACGGGCGGCUUUGCGACGAACUUCACGGCCAACCAGACCGAAUGGGCGCAGUUCAUGGCGGAAUGCUACGGCGUCGAGGGAAGCAAGGCGGCAGCGGCGGCCGUUGCGGGAAACGCUGCCUGCGGCCUCCUCCCCAUCUCCUGCCCCUUCGUCGCCGCCUACAGCCUCUACCAGAACUACCAGGCGGCGGUGGCGCUCAGCAAGGAGGGUGUCGACGGGAUCGACCCAUGCUCGGAAGUGCGCAAGGCGUAUCCGACUGCAGACGCGCUGCUCGCCGCGCCUGCUGCAGCCGCGUCGCAGCCGGCUCGGGCCAGUGCUGCGCAGCUGCUGGCGAUCGUGGCGCUGCCGGUGCUCGCGAUCGGGCUGCUGCGCGACCACCGCAGACGUCUGCUCGCCCACUCAGGCGCGGCAGACUCAGAGAGCAGCCUGGUCUAAACCGCCGCGGCGGUCGCCCCCGCGUCGGCCGGGCGGCGGGUUGGACCGUUUCGCGGUACUCGCAGUCGUCGGGUGAGCCUUACACGUCCGCAACCGGCCCAACGACCAAGCGCCGGCGACUCGCGCCGAGUGCGACGCGCGAGAGCGUCCAGCGUCGUCAGACGUCAGUCGAGUGGAGAGAGAGAGAGAGCAGAGAGGCCCCCGGGCAACAACGCGAACGAACAAGAGUCUCCACGAGUGAGGCCUAAGGCGCAGCAGGCGGUGCGAGGCGCUGCCGCUGAGCCGCGCAGCGCGUGUUGUGCCGCGCCCGGCUGCGCCCUGCGCGCACAGUGCGCGCGUCUCGCACGUAUGCGGCGCGAUGGCAGAGCGAAUUUAACAAUUAUGUGGCGCGUGUGUGCGCGCGGUG